AUGGCGUCCAAAUCCGAGCCUCAAACAGGGGCCCCUUGCCACGAGGAUGUACGGGACUCGAAGACACUAGUGGAAACAUACCCAGUCAUCAAGGACUCCGACCCUCCCUCACUCUCGGAUCAGUUCCCUGAAGGUGGUCUGGCAGCUUGGACAACUGUUCUUGGAUCGUUUCUUGUGCAGUUCUGCGGCUACGGUUAUGCCACUUCAUUUGGUGUAUACCAAGAUUUUUAUACCCAGUACUACCUCACAAACCAAACAUCGUCGGCUAUAUCAUGGAUAGGGAGUUUUAACAUGUUUUUACUCACAGCUGUAGGCAUUGUAUCAGGUUCACUGUAUGACCGAGGAUAUUUUUACCAUCUCAUGAUUGCCGGAUCACUUCUGCAGAGUUUUUCUCUCUUCAUGUUAUCUUUGUCGAAACCUGAUCAGUACUACCAGAUAUUCCUUGCCCAAGGAUUAGGUUCAGGUAUCGCGGCGGGGCUCAUGUUUGUCCCGAGCACAGCUGUCGUGGCGCAUUAUUUCCGACGCAAACGCACGCUGGUUCUGACGUUCGUCGCUUCGGGAUCUUCUUUGGGCGCUACCAUUCAUCCGAUCAUGCUCAAUAACCUUUUGAAUGGUCCUCUCGGUUUUUCCAAUGGUGUCCGUGCAAGCGCAGGGUUGGUCAGCGUGCUCCUUCUAAUCGCAUGUCUAUGCAUGCGAACUCGCCUUGAUCCGCCGACGACACCGGUAAACUACAUUGGGGCGGCUAGAAAGUGUAUUCACGAUGUACCGUUUGUUCUCAUGAUAGCAGGGGCCUUUCUUUUCCAGCUUGGCUUCUACUAUCCGAUGUUCUUCCUUCAACUCGACUCUAUCAAGCACGGUCUCAGCACCACGUUCUCAUUUUACUCUCUAGUGAUUUUAAAUGCCGCCAAUUGUGUGGGACGAGUCACGUCGGGGUUCAUCGCAGCCUUCACAGGAGUCCCGAAUUUAACCAUAGCUGCGACGAUUGCGUGCGGUGUACUCAACUUGGGAUUCAUUGGAUUGAGCAACCUGGCUAGCGCCACAGUGCUUGGUGUGAUUUAUGGCUAUUUCGCAGGGAUAUUCAUCGGGUCAUGGGUCUCACUUAUGGCGGAUUUAACGCCCGACCUAUCUGAGCUUGGCGCGCGGAUGGGCAUCUGCUUUUGCUUGAGCGGUGAUCUCAGUUUCAUCCUAGGAACCCCCAUAUCCGGCGCUCUGCUGACAUCGAACUAUAUCUGGUGGAUACCUGCGCUGUUCUCCGGGGUUAUUGCGCUAGCUGGUAGCAUGAUGUAUAUCCUCAUGCGGUUAAUGUUGUUAAAACGCAGAUCGAAGGAGCGUAGUGCUCAACUCGAAGUAUUAGAAAGUCACCCAUAA